GGCGGGCUCACGGUGCAUUUCCGGGUUGGGGGCGCUACGGUCUCGGUGCGGCCAGGUUCGGAUCCCGCCGCCAUGAAUCGCUUCUUCGGGAAGGCGAAGCCGAAGGCGCCACCGCCGAGCCUCACGGACUGCAUCGGCACGGUGGAUACCAGAGCUGAGUCGAUUGACAAGAAAAUUUCUAGGCUCGAUGCAGAACUGGUGAAGUAUAAAGAUCAGAUGAAGAAAAUGAGGGAGGGGCCUGCCAAGAAUAUGGUAAAGCAGAAAGCUUUGAGAGUGUUAAAGCAGAAGCGAAUGUAUGAGCAGCAAAGGGAUAAUCUGGCACAGCAGUCUUUUAACAUGGAACAGGCUAACUACACCAUCCAGGCACUGAAGGAUACAAAGACAACGGUUGAUGCUAUGAAACUGGGGGUGAAAGAAAUGAAGAAGGCUUACAAGCAAGUCAAAAUUGAUCAGAUUGAGGACAUACAAGACCAGUUAGAAGAUAUGAUGGAAGAUGCCAAUGAAGUCCAGGAAGCACUUAGCCGUAGUUAUGGGACACCAGAGAUUGAUGAAGAUGACUUGGAGGCAGAACUGGAUGCGUUGGGUGAUGAACUUUUGGCUGAUGAGGACACUUCUUAUUUAGAUGAAGCUGCAUCAGUUCCAGCAAUCCCAGAAGGCACUCCUACUGACACGAAAAACAAGGAUGGUGUAUUGGUGGAUGAAUUUGGACUGCCAAAGAUUCCCGCUACAUAAGUCUUUCUGCAGCAUGUUGGAAAUUAAAUUAACUUUUUUCUUUUUUUUUAAUCCUGGAAGACUUGCCCUCCAAGUGUAACUUUAUUAUCACUACAUCUUAGAAUGCAAGAUGAAUGGCUGAUGGUUUCUUUGAAGAAAGUUGUUAUACUGCUGACUUUUUUUCUAUUAAUGGGGAAAUGGCACAAUUUUCUUCAGUGGAUGCAGUCAGUCUACUAGAUUUCGAUUCCCUGUGUCUCAUGGGUGAAUUAAUAUAUGAAAAAUAGUGGUGGCCAUUUAUAGCUGAGCUGUUUUUGAUUUGUAUUAUAUUUCUGUUUUCUGGAACUAAGAUUGUGUAGCUGCUUGCCCACUGUAAGGUAACUUCCUUAUUCUUUUACUGAUUUGAUAAAGAAUGGGUGCAUUUUUAAAUUACUUCAGUUUGGAGACUCUUGCUCUUGUAUUUGUAACUUAAUUAUAGCUGUAACAAAUGAAUACUAAAGUUAUUAAUAUUACAUAUUCCAUUUUGACAUAAAACAUAUAACAGAGAUUAUUAGCUGAUCCUUAUGUGUGGUGUUUUUGAUGGUAGCCUUAACUUGCUUUUUGGAUCCUCCAUUAUGAGCAUGGUGCUAUCCCUGAAAGUGCAGGGUUAUGAUGGACAUCCAGCUUAAACCCCAGAAAUUUCUCCCCUUCAUGCAUCUCCCUCUUUGUAUGCCAGGUCCUCACUUCUGCCAGACCACUACUCGUACUGUAUUUAUCCUCUGGCCAGAAGUUGGAGUUGUCAUUUUUUUCGAUGAAGUUUGUAGACCUUUCUAGGAAAUGCUUGUAGAACAAACGGCCUUCUCCCUUUCUCUGGCCCCAGUGGCUGGGAGAAUGAGACUACUCCCAAACUGGUCACCUGUGCUAAUGAUACUACUACUAAUGAUACUACUAUUGCCUUGCCAAGUCUUGAGACAGGCUCUUGGUUUUUUAUUUUUAUUUUUACUCACCGCUGGCAGCCGGACAGCUUUGCAUUUGAAUCGAGAACAAAAGCGUACCAAUGUUUGUAAAGGAACUGAGAGCUAUUUAUGUCUAAUAAAGCUAUUUUUCCAAAGCACA